UAACAAAUUCGCCAUGUCCUUAUAAAGACAUACAGUUAUACCCAUCUUGUACACAAACCGUAAAACCGAUCCAGACAACAACAGCAUCAUACUCACACAGUUCGCGGCAGCAAUGGCGGGAAGAGGAGGAGGAGGAGGAGGAGGCGAGCUGCAGCUGCUGGGCACAUGGUACAGCCCGUACGCUAUGCGCGCGAAAAUCGCGCUGGGGCUCAAGGGCCUGAGCUACGAGUACAUCGAGCAGGACCUCUUCGGCAAGAGCGAGCUCCUGCUCAAGAGCAACCCGGUGCACAAGAAGGUCCCCGUCCUCAUCCAUGCCGGCCGGCCGGUGUGCGAGUCGCGCGUGGUUCUCGAGUACGUCGACGAGGCCUGGCCCGGGGCCGCGCCGCCGCUCCUCCCGGCCGACCCCCACGACCGCGCCACCGCUCGCUUCUGGGCGACCUACUUCGACAGCACGUUCUUCCCGCCGUGGAGGGCGCUGAUGAGGGCGACGACGGCGGAGCAGAGAGCGGAGGCCUUCAUGAACGCCGUACCUCAGGUGGAGGUGCUGGAGCGAGCGUUCGUGGAGUGCUCCAAGGGGAAGGCGUUCUUCGGCGGCGACGCCGUCGGGCUCGUCGACGUCGUGGUCGGCGGCUUCGUGGUGUGGUUCAAGGUGGUGGACGAGGUGGCCGGCUCCAGCCUCCUCGACGAGGCCAAGUUCCCGGGCCUGGCGGCGUGGGCGGAGCGGUUCUUGGCGGUGGACGCCGUCCGGGAGGCGAUGCCCGACGCCGGGAAGCUCCUGGAGCACUACAAGGGAUUUCUGGCUAAAUUGGCUUCGCCAGCUGGUUCUACCUAAUGGCAAUCUAUCUGCCUUGCUCGCCUGCUUUGACGAUGAAGAAGUUGUUUGGUACUGUGUCAUGUGAAAAUAUUUUGUUAGUCUCUGUUGAGCGGUGUUCAGAAUGCAAAUGUGUACAUCUUGAAUAAAAGGAGAGCAAAAUAGUGAGGCGACUUUUAGUGUGUACAAGUAUAAUUUUGCUCAAUCAGCAGUGUGAUCACAAGGGUACA